AGCUUGUUUAAUUUGAAAAUAUACUACGUACGCUACGUCGAUUUUAAAUUUUAAUUACUCAAAACUUCGACAUUAAAAAUAAUGGUAUUAAAUAUUCUUGGCAAACAGUGUUUCAUUAUAGAGUUAAAUACAUUUUAGUGGUAUUAAAUGUAGCUUCUUAAUUUUUAACGUUGUAUUGGAUCAUCUCUUCCGUUCUCUAAAUCUGUUUGAAAGUAAUAUCAUGUUUAUAUGACUUUAAUUAUCAGUUACGUAUAUAAUACCUACCAAACAAAUAUUUUGUUGAAAUUUGUACGCAAUGGAUGGCCCUCAUAGCAGCGUUGCUACACUUUUACACAAAUUAUGUAUAAUUUUGUCAUCAAGCCCAGAUGAGGCUUUUGAAUUGGCAUUGUCAUCAAUAUCAUCAUAUUGUGAAAAGAAUACAAAUUUUCAAGAUGAGAGAUUACUUUGUCAAAAGAUUCAUACUCGCUUAGCAAGUGUAAGUGCUAGAGAUGCUGACAAGUUUAAUGAGUCCUAUGCUAAACUAAAAAAUUCUUUUGUGAUUAAACAGAGAGUUGCGGUUUUGUCUCUUUUAUUGGCAUUGUCAGAAUCUACUAACCAGACAGAGUCUACUCAACAGCUGUUUCCAAUACCAAAUCUUAAUGUUGCUAAUUCAGCCAUUGCUUUAUCUGGAGCCACAACCUCAAGCAAAAGUACAAUAGGAUCUAGUUGGGGCACUAGUUCAUCAAAACAACAGGGAUCAAACCAAAGUCUGCCAACCAACAGCAAUAGUAACAUGGCAUUAGCUCUGCAAUCAGGCGAUCGAGCAAGUGAACGCACAUGUGUGAGGGAUGCAGUUCUGGCUGCAACAGGUGUUAAAACUCGCACAUCUUCCUCUUGGCCUAGAUCCGUUCGAAUACUGUACUCUCGUAUCUCACAUCUUGGGCCCCUUCACGAUAAACUGAAAGAGUUUAUUGAUCCCUCAUCAGGUGUGAUGCCGCAAGGUCUGAUGGGUGAAGGACUCGUAGCUGCUGUCAGAGAUGAACUUACAGAAUACUACAGGAGUGUUGCAUUAUUACAAUCACAGGUCUGUGAAAGCGAUGGCGGUGGUGGAACUCUCCGACGUGUUUCUGUGUGGGCACAGGAACCGCUGCAUAGGCUGACCUGGCUUGCCAACAUAGCACACGCUGCGCAGCAUAAGAAAGGUGGUGAACUAGCCUCAUGUGUGCACCGAUUUGUUCAUCACGGCGACGAACGAGUGUCAGCACUUGCCAGACGUUUGCUGACUUCGCUAUUGUAUCCGCUGCUACUCAUGCUAACUAGAUGGCUUCUGCACGGUGAAAUAGACGACCCAUUUAAUGAGUUUUUCAUUGAAAGUAGAAGUGGAGUUCCCAUAGAUAGAAUGUGGCAUGAUAAAUAUAGAGUAAGGGAUUGGAUGGUGCCAUCAUUCAUGUGCCGCGAGCAAGCCGUGCAGAUCCUGGCGACGGGCAAGAGCGUGGUGUUCAUGCGGGAGGCGUGCGCCGACCUUCCAGAACAUUCUGCGGACGGCACGCCAGACCACGCCCACCACUUGACCUGCCUACUGACUGCGCACGAUCGAAAUGGUGUUGAUGAUGAUGAGUCCCAAGCGUGGUGGGAAGCCAGCGGUCUUCGCGAGGGUCUGGAGCUUGCCCACGCGGCCGCCUCGCAGCGUCUACUGGCAGCCCUCACCACAACCCAUCACCUGCUCGACCACCUGGUAGCACACAAGAGAUACUUGCUUCUUGCACAAGGAGAUUUCGUACAUCACCUGAUGACUUUAUUACAGGAUGAAUUAAGUAAGCCAGCGACGUCACUGUACGUACACAAUCUGACGUGUACGUUAGAAGCGGCGGUGCGGGCAACCAACGCGCAGUUCGAACCGCCGCAUGUGCUAGCACGCCUACACGUCAAUCUGUAUCCAAAUUGCGACGGACGCGAUGACAACGGGUGGGACGUGUUCGCGCUACAGUACCGCGUGGAUGGACCUCUUGGCACGCUGUUUCCGGCCACGUGCGCCGCGCGCUACCGGGCGCUCUUCACGCAGCUGUGGCGGGUCAAGCGCAUCGAGUACGCGCUACACGACGCGUGGCGCCACCACGCCAUCUUGCACAAGCGACUCAAGCGCAUGCCCGAGGUGUGGGGCGUGAUGCGGCGCGUGUCGUGCCUGCGCGCGGAGGCGCUGCGCCUGUGCGGCGCGCUGCAGGAGGCCAGCUGCGUGGGCGCCGAGGGGGCGUGGCGCGAGCUGCUGGACGCGGCGGCCAGGAGGCAGCACCUGGACCGGCUGCUGGCGCUGCACCACCACGCGCUGGACCGGCACUCCAUACACGCCAUGAUACACCACACCACGCAGGAAUUGCAGUCCUACUUGGGUAACGUGCUAAAUGAAACGCUCGCGUUGCGAAGCUUUGAGACGACCCUCCACGCAGGCAUCGACGCGGAACUCGAGCGGAGGGAGAUGUACGAGACAUUGAAGGCGGAAAGAGCGGCUAAAGGUGAAUAUACAAUAACUUCAGCUGAUGAAACUUUGGACAAAGAAAAGAAAAGAAUAUUCCUUCAGUUCUUAGCGAGUCGCAAAGCUGAUUUGAAUGUAUGGGCGCGGACCUACAGAGGCCAUGUGACAACUCUUAUAUUAAAGCUAGCCCUGCAUCAGGAAGUAUCGUUGCAAACUUUAGCAUUCCGUCUCGACUACAGUGACUUUUACAAGCGCGGCGACGCGAAGCUUCACGAACCACUCACCUAUCAACACAAGCGACUCAGCGAAAUUGGGCUGAGCUUAGCCAAGAGUAAACUUGUAACUCACAGUAAGAAAAAAUGACAAGACUUGUAUCAAUCAACUGCUGGGAUUUUCUGCUCAGAGUGGAUUGGAUUUGGAUGCAUGUCUCCACUGAAAAAUAUUUUGCACCAUCCAGUUAUGACUUCACAAUUACACGAAUAACAUUUUAUUUUUAAUGCAUGUCACCAUAUACUUCGGAUUCGGAGGAAUAUAUUUUUUUAAUAAAAUAAUUAACGUGAAA